UUCAUGCAGCCUUUUCUGAGAGAAUUGAAGAAGCUGAGGAAUAUGGGUUAUUGCGAGGCGAGCUUGGAGGAGACGGAGUGUGGGGAAGUGAAGGAGAAACUCUACAGCAGCAAGAUGAGGUUGAAGUAUUUAAGCAUGGUGAAGGCCGAGAAGCUCAAGAGCUUGGCUCUUGCGAGGAUUCGAAUGGCUCGAGUCAAGUUAUGGGUGGCUCGAGCCAUAAGCGUCUUGCUGCUUUGGGCUAUAGCCAUGCAGUUGAGAUCGCUGGGAGAAAUAGUUUCUUCAUCGAGGAUUCCUAAAUCUACCUUAUAUUAUUCUCUUCCUCCUGAAACGGUCUACGAGAACAAUGGUUACCUGAUGGUAUCUUCAAAUGGAGGAUUGAAUCAAAUGCGAUCCGGUAUAUGUGAUAUGGUUACAGUUGCCAGAUUCUUAAAUGUCACCCUCAUAGUCCCUCAAUUAGAUAACACAUCGUUCUGGAAUGAUUACAGUCAGUUUGCCGAUAUAUUUGACGUAGAGUAUUUCAUUGCAUCGCUGAGAGAUGAAGUUCGGAUAUUGAAAGAGCUGCCUCCUGCGGAAAAGCAGAAAGUUGCUGAAUCAGUGUUCUCAAUGCCACCGAUCAGCUGGUCUAACAUGACAUAUUACUAUAACGUGAUUCUUCCACGGAUUCAAACGCACCAAGUGGUGCAUUUCCAGAAAACCGACGCAAGGCUGGCUAACAAUGGACUCCCCGAAGAGGUGCAAAAGUUACGUUGCCGAGUAAACUACGAGGCACUGCGGUUCGCACCUUCGAUACAAGCGUUGGCCGAAAAAAUCGUUCGAAUCUUAAGAGAAAAGGGUCCUUUCCUAGUCCUUCAUCUCAGAUACGAAAUGGAUAUGAUCGCAUUCUCCGGUUGCAACGAAGGCUGCAACGAACAAGAGAUCGACGAGUUAACGAAAAUGAGAUAUGCAUAUCCAUGGUGGAAAGAAAAGGUAAUAGAUUCGGAGAAGAAGAGACUGGCUGGUUUGUGCCCUUUGACACCUGAGGAAACAGCACUGACAUUACAAGCAUUGGGGAUCGACCGGAAUAUCCAAGUUUAUAUAGCUGCUGGAGAUAUAUACGGAGGAGAAAGAAGAUUGGCAACACUAAGAGCAGCUUAUCCCAAUCUGGUGAAGAAGGAAACAUUACUACCGCCUUCAGAGCUUGAACCUUUCAGGAACCAUUCGAACCAGAUGGCAGCCUUGGAUUAUUAUGUGGCGGUGGAAAGCGAUAUUUUCGUUCCGACAAACGGUGGCAACAUGGCCAAAGUGGUCGAAGGCCAUCGACGUUACUUGGGGUUCAAGAAAACAAUUCUGUUGGACCGCAAGGCGAUUGUCGAUCUAGUGGAUCUGUUCAGAGCUGGAUCAAUAAGCUGGGAAGAAUUCUCAUCGGAAAUGAAGGAAACUCACGCGGAUCAUAUGGGGAACCCUUCGAAAAGAUCGGUGAUUCCCGGUAAACCGAAGGAAGAAGACUACUUUUACACAAACCCAGAGGAGUGUUUGGCAAGAGUUGAUGAUGAACCACAAGUUUCUGAGGAUCAGCAACAAGAAACUGAUGCUGAAGCUGAACCGUGAAUAUAUACAGUUUAGGGUUUGUGGUCUAAACCCUAAACCCUUGAAGGGUAUUAGAUUUGCAGGUUUCUUGUCUUGCACGGGGUUAAAAAAUGGAGAUUGACACAAGCAUUUUGAGGAGGAUAUACAUCCGUAUAGGCAAUAACAUAUACAG